UUUUUUUAUUAACUAGACCUUUUUGUCAAAUAUGUCAAAUAUUUUAAAAAGAAACUUGCUCAAGGCCUGCGCAAGACCUACUGUUCGAGUGAACUCGCAAAGAUGUUUUUCCGUUUCUAAGCACUACUUUGCAGAGGAAGAGGAGGAAAGGCCCAAGUUUUCAACUCAACGUAUUGAAGAUAUUAUUGCCGAAUUUGAAAAACCACUUGUUCAAUCGGAUCCCACUGACAUUGAUCCACGCACAACAUUGCUUUACUCAGUGGAAAAAUUUAAGCCUCGUAGUCCAGUCAUCAGUCAAAAAAACAUGGACAAGUUGCGCACUCAAUUGCACAAUGCAUACACUGUUGAUCAGUUAGCUACCAUCGUGAUUGCACAUAAAUUGAAGCGUAAAGGAUUAAAGAAGGGCCAAUUGAUCAAUAGCAUUAUCGAAAAACAUUGGGGUAUCAAAACAGCACAACAACUGAAAGAAGAAGAAAUGAAGCGUCAAUUAGAUAUAAUCAAACAAACCUUUCCUGCCUCUCGACAAGAGCUGUUCUUUAUCAUUGGUGAUAACGGGAGCACCAUUCGAAAUAUCGAACAAGAGAAUCAAGUGAAGGUCACCAUCGAUGUGCAAUCGAAUCAGUAUAUUGUGGAAGGCCCCUCUGCUGCUGUUGUGAAGGCAAAAAGAGAGAUCUUGACCCAUUUGAAUAUAAAAGAGGAUACAAUGGACAUUCCAACAAGCGUUGUCGAGAACUCGAAUUUAAAAACGGAAAUAUCAAACUCGUUGGUGGAUAUUUCCAAGGUGGCUGGCACUUUUAUAACUAUGGACGAUAACAAGUUUAUUUUGGCAAGUAUAUCUGAUGAUGCAAUGGAAAACGCCAAACGUUUAUUGAGUCUAAUGCUUAAAGAGUUGGAUGCGACCAGUGAUUUAUCGAACAAGACAGUAGUACAUGAUAAUGCAGAGUUUACAGUAUUACCGCUUCAUGACCCAACUUCCAUGACAUUCUAUGAUAAAAAAUUAAACUGGAGCAGACUGGAGGGAGAUAAAGAGGUGGGUGGAUUUAAAGUGCUUGGUGGCGAAGAAAAAAUUGCGAAUUUACAAGACAUGAAACAACUCUUGCUGAAGCCGUUGGGAGAGCAAGAUUUAGAUCAGGUUACUAUGGAGGCAAGAUUCGGUCAUCUCUUAUUCCAAAAUGCAAAUAUUACCAAGAAAAUUAGUACGACUGAAGUUUUAAAUCUGUAUAAAAAUAGAACCUUGUUCUUUCCUACAAUGCCUCCUCGUCAAUUGACUUCACCUUUCAUACCAAUGACUUUAGACGGUGGAUUUCACCAAAGAUCUGUGCAGUUAAGUUACACCAAUAAGUCACUUUUAGAAGGUGAUAAAGAAAUGGAUUUAAAGAAACUCCAUGUUGAAUUUAUUAUAAACGAGAACGGUGAUAUCACGCUGAAAAAUAUAACCGGCAUCAAGAAUCAAUCUGUCGUUGAUAUUCUGGGUAUUUACGGAAGUGUGGAUAUUCGUUUAUUGGCAAAGCAAGCCAUUGAUUUCUCAGACAAUGAAGAACUUACAACGUAUUUCAGUGACAAAUGUGAACUAACCAGCUAUUCUGAAUUAAAAGCACCCAAAGGCCAUGUGAUAAAUGAUGAAUCCAGUAUGAUUCUUUCUGAUAUUACAUUUUUGAAUAAGAAGAGAUUUAUGCUUGACACAGGGCUUGUUGGUAUAAAUUAUAUCCAACAACAAGAUAAACGAGUUGGCAGAACCGAAAUGAUUGUUAAUUCAGUUGAUCCUGAAACGUUAAAAUCAUCCAACUCAAUCGAUAGAUGGCCAUCUUUCUCGAAUGUUUUGUCCAAGAUUGCCAGCAGAUGGGAUUAUUCCACUUAGUUAUCCACGUGAUCAUAAUAAAGUGCGCUUUCAUCACCCCCUUAA